CGAGGAAGGUUGUCGACUGUUCCAUGUCUCCGUCGGCGUCCAUGUGUCCUCCCAGUCUUUGAGAUAACCAGAAAGGAAAUGACGGUACAAUCAACUGGCCAGAUUUUCCACUGUUGCGUUGAUGAUAAGACGUUGAAAUGAUUGUGAUGUCGAUCAUGUCUGUGGAAAAUAUCGGUGAUAUUUUGAUGAGUAAUUAGUUAAUGAGACGAAUACAGUACUUUCAUGAUCCGUGAAAAAGACAAACAAAAAGUGCUAAUAUCCGGAGAGGUUGCAUAGUUAAGCCCUGCACAAUGCCUUACCUCGACGAUGCCCCCUAGGAGCCAUUCAUCGAGCGAAGGGCAUGGCAUAAAUGCCCUUCAGACCCGGGCCAGAUACAAGGGGCUCUUCACUUAUCACACAGCUCCCACCUCGCGAGGCUACUGCAUUCUCUUCACCUUCGUCGUGGGCGUCCUCAUGAUUACUAUGGGGUCCGUUUUCUAUCACGUGAUCCUCAUUCGACCCAUGAGUGGGACGUACCCAUUACACACUCCUUCGAUGCCCCUGGCGUGUAGCCUUAUAGCCAUGGGUUUCGUCCUGGUCUUCCUGAGCAUCGGAGUCACCUGGAAGUUUGGGUUUGACGACGGAGAUAAUUCCCUCGAGGAGGACUCCUGCUCUCUCGCCAAGGACGACGUCCUUGACCAGAAUCACCAAAACUCUCUGAAGAAUCCUCCUGCAUGAGUUCUUCUUCAGUGGUUUCAGGCUUCCAAUCUGUGAGAGGAUCAAGCGACGAGUUCAUCAAUGCUUCGAUGUUUCCAAUUAGUGAGAACAUGAUUACCUCUAGUGAUUAUGAGGCUUCCAGUCAAAGGAAUAAUAAAAUAUGAACUGUUAGUGCUUUGAGGUCUUCAGUCAGGAAAUGAAUCAAAUGUCAAAACAGUUGACGAUCUGAGGCUUCCAGUCAGUCAAAGACUCGGAUAUCGAGACUCGAGACCGUCAACCAUUUGAGGCUUCCAAUCAGGAAAAAAAACUCGGAUAUCAAGAUUCGAGACCGUCAUCUAUUUGAGGCUUCCAAUCAGCAAAAGAAUCAAAUCUCGGGGCUCGAGACGGUCAAGUAUUUGAGACUUCCAAUCAACAAAGACUCGGAUAUCGAGACGGUCAAGUAUUUGAGACUUCCAAUGAACAAAAGACUCAGAUAACGAGACCGUCAGUGAUUCGAGGCUUCCAAUCAGCGAUGGAAUCAUGUCGAAUCCGCCAUCGCACGAUGCUUCCAGUCAGGCACACAAUCAAAUAAAAGUUCAUUGGUGUUUUGAGAUAAGUUCUAAUGGAAGCGGCAAAAAUCAAACACUGCGUGCGUCAGUGUGUGUUUAUAGAUUCCUAUCCAGUGGAGGAGCCAAAUAUGCCUGAAUAUCCAGACAAUCAUUUCGAAUGACACAUUCCUGAAAACGUGCGCCAUUCACUUCUUUUAAAAACGAAAAGAUGUAGAAGCCUAAGCUCUUAUUCAUGUAUUUUUAUAGGUCCCGAGUAGCACAUUCGGGUCAACUGGUACGAAUAUUAUUAAAAAAGAAACUAGUUUUCACUGAUUUUUUUUUAAUAAAUACAUGUUAGCUCGUGAUUUUUCUAUUUGUAUUGCGAAAGGUGAAGUGAUAUCGUUGAUGACAUUUCCUUGAAUACCCCGCCCCCCCCCCC